AUGUCUGAAGCAGCUGUACGUGUUCUAAAGUCUGGCAUGCGUUUGCCCCCUUUACCUACUUUAAGAGAUCUGGUGAAAUUAUAUAAAUUGCAGGCCUUAAAACAAUUAUCACAAAAUUUCUUAAUGGAUGAGCGUAUAACAGAUAAAAUUGUUAAAAGUGCCGGCCGCAUAGAUCCCCGUGAUACAGUUUUAGAAGUCGGCCCCGGUCCCGGCGGCAUAACACGUUCUAUAUUAAGAAGACAACCACAACGUUUAGUGCUUGUGGAGAAAGAUGCUAGAUUUUUGCCCACUUUAGAACUUUUACGUGAUUGUGCUAAACCUUUAAAUUUACAAGUUGAUAUAUUUGUUGAUGAUAUUUUACGUUUUGAUAUUGAACAGCAUGUGCCCGAUACAUCGCAUCGUUUACAUUUGAUAGGUAAUUUACCAUUUGCCAUCUCCACUAGAUUACUCAUCAAUUGGUUUGAGGAUUUGUCGUUAAGGCGCAAAGCUUUUCGUCGCAAUGACACCUGCAUGACUUUAACAUUUCAAAAAGAGGUAGCUGAUCGUAUAUGUGCUCCUUUGGGGCAUGAACAAAGAUGUCGUCUUUCUAUAAUGUCACAAAUUUGGACACAACCUAUACUCAAAUUUACCAUACCGGGUAAAGCGUUUGUGCCCAAACCAGAAGUCGAUGUGGGUGUAGUAAAACUAGUGCCUCUUAAACAGCCAAAAACUGAUCUGCCUUUUGCUUUGGUGGAAAAGGUAGUAAGACAUAUUUUUAAUAUGCGCCAAAAGUACUGUCGUCGAGGCUAUGCUACACUUUUUCCUCCCGAGCAACGUGAUGAAAUGUGUUUUGAAAUGUUUAAACAGGCAGAUGUAGAAGAUACACUAAGACCUUUCCAACUGUCGGUGGAUGAGUGUAUACGUUUGGCCACUGUCUAUAAGGAAUGUAUUGAUAAAAAUCCUCAUAUAGCUGCUUAUGAUUUUCGUGCCCCUAAAAAUCUUUCCCAAGAAAUUAAUGUUUAAUUACAACAAUUUAUUCGUUUUGUUUUUUUUUGUUGAAUAAAAUUUAAUCUUUAUUUGUAUAAAAUA